AUGUCAGCCAUCGCUUCUCAGAUCACUGCCGAUGAUACCGACUGUUUAGAAAGUCUGUUCUACGGCCCCGACGCCAUUGACAUUGCGUCCGAUAAGGAUCAGAAAGGUUUCUUCGUCGAUGAAUUUCUAGAAAAUAAUGUGAGCUGUGCGCAACAAGAUUUGAUGAAAAAUGGGGCAAUAUCUCCUUCCGAAUGCACUAUUGAAGAGGAUUAUUGUAAACAGCCUGUUACUGAUUUGCAGAAAGCCAGGCACAAUGUUGCUCUUUAUACUGACUUCUAUUUGAGUUCAGCCAUGAGGUCUGUGUGGACAGAAGGGAACUUGAUACCAGUUUCACCUGCAGCAGGAAACCUUGAAGUGACAUCACCAUCUUAUUUGCCUCUUAUGGAAGGGAAUGCAGCUAUGGCUAAAGUUUCUGUUCCUUCAUAUAAUGCGCCUACAAUUAGAAAGAAAGAUUGUAAACUGAAACGCAAACUUUCAAGUAGUCCAGAAUCAAGAAAAAAUCUGGAUCUGGAAGACGAUAAAAAUCAGCAAUUAGAAGAUGAUGUUGAAAAUGCUGGAUCCCUUUCACAGCAGAAAACCUUUGGAGGAUGUAGUGAACCAAGUUGCAAUUACACUUCAUAUUUAUGUGAUGUCAAUGAGGAUAUAAGUUCUGGGCCUUCCAGGUCAAUGACAGAUUUUGGAAAAGAGGGGACUAUCCACCUGCCGAGAGAUUGCUUCGUUGAGAAGGCUAGUGGUGGUCAAAAUCGUAUAAAGCAGAUUAGGAAGCUGAACAUGCAAUCAGGAGAUGCAAUGAGCCCAAUGACACCAAGGUUUUCCAGGCAUCCUUCUCCUGACUUGAGGACCAGAGAUUUAUCUCCCUGUGCUGAGACGCAAGUUGGAAACAAGCGUCAUGAAAUGAUAUGUGCUUUUUAUGCCAAAGGAUGGUGCAUCAGGGGUAAUUCUUGUAGUUUUCUUCAUAUAAAAGAUCCUGAAAAUAAAUCCGGCCAGCAGAUUGAAGGAGAAUUGGUUACUCAAAAUUGGAAGAGAGAAGUGCAACCAGAGGAAGGUGCUGGAGAUGAUGUCAAGAGAUCAAGGAUGCCUUGUACUCAAGUUCCGUUGGCUGCCACACAAGAAAGAACAUCUCAGUAUUCAUCUGAAUUUUCCUCAAACCCAAUCAUCCAGAAAGAAGUAAGCCCAAGUUGGCAUCCAAAUAAAAGCUGGGCUGUCUCCUCCUUCCCUUCCAGUCUAACCCAUACAGAGGGAAUGACUACCACUCAACGGCUAGACAUGCAUCAUGGAUAUACAUCCCAAUUUGAGAGUCAUUCACCUAAUGUAAACAUGGCUACUCACCUUCCAACUGCAUAUUCUCAACAACUUCUGAACAGUGGCAUGGCUUGUCAUGACACCAGAUCCCCUUUCUCUGGUUCAGAAAGGGAAGGUUUGGCUCUAAAUGGUUCAUUUGGGGUUCCACCACACCCAACUGGAUGUAGAUCGUCUGUUGAGGAUCAAAAGGACCCUUUUGACAGUAUUGUUGAGGUACCCAAUAUAGGGGAUGAAUCCUUGAAAGCUUUCAUUUCAUCUCAAAGAACACCCAUUCUGACUUCAUCUCAGGUUCCUACAAAUGGUGAGUCUGUUGAAGCUGCAAAUCAGGGUUCAGAUCUUCAUGGUGCCAAAAGUUCUGUAUCUCAACCAGAGAAGAGUUGUGUUCCUCAUGAAAAAAGUUUUGUUACAACUGAAACAGAUACAAUGGCAGCAACAUAUCUAAAUUGCCAAUUUGGAAGGGUUGGUAUGGGGCUAAAUCCCUUUGAAGAGGUUAAAAGUAUAGGAAAAGAACAAACUGAGCGUGAUGCUAGACCUCAAGUUGAGGUAACAGAGGACAAAAAACAAAGAGUAGAUAGGGGUAAGAAAAACAGUGAAAUGGAUAAUAAUCUUCAGAAGGAUGCUGGCGUGCAGAUAGAAUCAAUGGAACUGAGGAAUUUCCGUUUCGCACUUGUUGAUCAUGUGAAAGAGAUUUUAAGACCAGUUUGGCUCGAGGGUGACCUCAGCAAGGAUGCACAUAACAUGAUUGUUAAAAAAUCAGUUGACAAGAUUAUUAACACUCUACAGCCUCAGCAAAUUCCAACAAAUGAGGAUUCUAUCAAGAAGUACCUUUCUUUUUGUCAGUUGAAAAUUGUAAAUCUCGUCAAGGGAUAUACCAGUAUAUAUGGGAAGAUUCGAUAA